CAAAUUAUUGGGUCAUCCUUCGGAUCCAAGCAAAGGGCCUCUCGUGAGCAUGCACCAACGCCACAGCUAUAAAACUUGUUCCCUGAGACCGGGAGAAGGGAGAUUGUCAUGUGAACCACCGGGUCACAUGCAUGCAGAGUGAGACUAGCUAGCCCCUGCUCCCACACCAGCAAGCACGUACGCACGUGUCGACCAGAUCGACUUCCAUUGCAGCAAAGAAGAUGCAGGCAAUUCGUGCCGUCCUUCUGGGCAUCGCCGUCGUGCUCGGCCUGGGCGGCGUCCCCGGCGGCGAGGCGCAGCUGGACGAGAAGUUCUACGACGGCUCGUGCCCGGGCGUGCACAGGAUCGUGCGGCGGGUGCUGAAGGAGGCGCACCAGGCCGACGUGCGCAUCUACGCCAGCCUCACCCGCCUCCACUUCCACGACUGCUUCGUCCAGGGAUGCGACGGGUCGAUCCUGCUGGACAACAGCACGAGCAUCGUGUCGGAGAAGUUCGCGAAGCCGAACAACAACUCGGUGCGGGGGUACACGGUGGUGGACGCCGUCAAGGCGGCGCUGGAGGAGGCCUGCCCCGGCGUCGUCUCCUGCGCCGACAUCCUCGCCGUCGCCGCCAAGAUCUCUGUCGAACUGUCCGGAGGCCCCCGGUGGCGCGUCCCGCUGGGCCGGCGCGACGGCACCACGGCCAACCUCACGGCCGCGAACCACGUCCUCCCGAGCCCGCGCGACAACAUCACCAUGCUCCAGCGCAAGUUCCGCGCCGUGGGCCUCGACGACACCGACCUCGUCGCCCUCUCAGGGGCGCACACGUUCGGGCGGGCGCAGUGCCAGUUCGUGACGGACAGGCUCUACAACUUCAGCAAGACGGGGAAGCCGGACCCGACCAUGGACGCGGGCUACCGGGUGCAGCUGGCCAGGAGCUGCCCGCGGCGGCACGGGAACAGGACGGCGCUCCGCGACCUCGACCCGGCCACGCCCGACGCCUUCGACAAGAGCUACUUCACCAACCUCCAGGCCAGCCGCGGGUUCCUCCAGUCCGACCAGGAGCUGUUGUUGGCGCCCGGCGCGCCCACGGCGGCCAUCGUCGCCCGCUUCGCCGGCAGCGAGAAGGCCUUCUUCAGGAGCUUCGCUUCGUCCAUGGUCAACAUGGGGAACAUCAGGCCGCUCACGGGUGGCCAGGGAGAGGUCCGGAAGAAUUGCUGGAAGGUUAAUGGAAGCUAGCUAGGGAGUGAUCGAGAUACAUAUGUACCAUCCACUAUAUAUAUGAUGCAUACAAUCAUGCAUGUACCGAUGUACGUAGUUAAAACUCUUUAAUUUAUGAAUUUGAUUGCGAUUUAUGCACUA